GCGGGCCGCAACAGUGGCAGCGGGCGCGGCGCCCGGAGUCUACGGGCCGAGCGUACCGGUAGGGGUCGAGCGCGCGUUCUCUCCCCGCCCCCACGGCGCUCUGUGGCGUAGCAGGAAUUUGGCGGGGACCCGGGCGCUAUUUGCGGCUCUUUACGCGCGGGCUGCCGGCGGCCCUUGGGUCAUUUCUAUUCUAGGGGCACUGGGUCAUCGCGCUCGACUGGCCCCCUCCCCCGGACCCGGAGGGUGUGUCUCCCUCACCGGGGCUCGCCGCGCCUAUAAGGGGCCGAGCGGCGGGUAGGGACAUGCAGCUCUACAGCAGCGUCUGCACCCACUACCCAGCUGGGGGACCGGGUCCCACUGCCGCAGCUCCCGCUCCUCCGCCCUCCGCUGCUCCCUUCAAGGUUUCUGUGCAGCCCACAGCACCCGCCAGUGGCGCGCCGGAGCCCGAGACCGGUGAGUGCCAGCCCGCAGCGGCCGCUGAGCCCCGGGAAGCCUCCGCCGCCCCCGCCGCCAAGAUGCCCGCCUUCUCCUCCUGCUUCGAGAUGGUGUCUGGGGCCGCCGCUCCCCCAUCGGCAGCCGCCGCCGGCCCGUCCGGUGGGUCUUGUAAACCGCCGUUGCCGCCCCACUACACGUCCACGGCUCAGAUCACCGUGCGGGCCCUGGGCACCGACCGGCUCCUGCUGCACGGGCCCGAGCCCGGCUCCGCGGCUCCUGCUGCCCAGCGCGGCCGCUGCCUCCUGCUGGCCCCCACAACCGGUGCCCCGGUCCCACCGCGGCGGGGCUCCUCGGCCUGGCUCCUGGAGGAGCUGCUGAGGCCCGACUGCCCCGAGCCCGCGGCCCUGGACGCGGCCCGGGAGGGCCCCGACCGAAACUUCCGUCUGAGCGAGCACCGCCAGGCCCUGGCCGCCACCAAGCACCGGGGUCCCGCGCCGCCCCCUGCGAGCCCGGAACCCAGCCCCGGCCCGUGGGGCGAGGAGCACCUGGCGGAGAGGAGCCUCCGGGGCUGGGAGAGGGCCGGCGACCGAAGCGACUCUCCCCUCGCGGACGAGGCUCGGCGGCCUGGCCCGGAGUCUGAGGCACCCGCGGUUCGGAGCAGCGAGGCGGUCCAGAGCGGCGCUGCCGAGGCGGUCGUCUCCAGGUCAGAUGCCAGAGACGAGAAACUGGCCCUGUACCUGGCGGAGGUGGAGAGGCAGGAUAAGUACCUUCGACAAAGGAAUAAGUACCGAUUUCACAUCAUUCCUGACGGCAACUGCCUCUACCGUGCAGUUAGCAAGGCGGUGUACGGGGACCAGAGCCUGCACCAGGAGCUGAGGGAACAGACGGUGCACUACAUCGCCGAUCAUCUCGACCACUUUAACCCCCUGAUUGAGGGCGACGUGGGGGAAUUUAUCAUCGCUGCAGCUCAGGAUGGGGCAUGGGCCGGAUACCCGGAGUUGCUUGCCAUGGGGCAAAUGCUGAAUGUGAAUAUACACUUAACUACUGGAGGGAGGUUGGAGAGCCCCACGGUGUCGACUAUGAUUCACUACUUGGGCCCAGAGGAUUCUCUAAGGCCUAGUAUUUGGCUCAGUUGGCUCAGUAAUGGACAUUAUGAUGCGGUGUUUGAUCACUCCUAUCCUAACCCAGAGUAUGACAAUUGGUGCAAACAGACUCAAGUGCAAAGAAAACGCGAUGAAGAACUUGCCAAAUCCAUGGCCAUAUCCCUCUCCAAAAUGUAUAUUGAACAAAAUGCAUGCUCUUGAAGCGUCUGAAAACCUACACCCUGGGAAAAGUGCAUACAUCAUUUGUGUUUAAAGAAUUAUAUGAACUCUAUAAUCAGGGUAAUAGCACUUUUAAACUUUCUAGAUUACUGUAGGUGUAAUGCCUUAACAUUUUUUUUAUUUUGAAUGUGUUCUCGGAGCUGAAGGUUGCUGGACACCUAAAUAAUGUUUCAUGAUAGCCUUGGAUGAUCCUACUGCAAUUUAUAAUUUGCUGUAUAAAGUUAGCACUACUUAAUUUGCAAGCUAAUUUCUCACAGUGUAUAUUUGUUCAUUACUGUUAAUCUAUUUUCUAUAAAAAUGUAUUUUUGCACAACAUUUACAAAAAUUGGUGUAACUUCAUCUACGAUGUUUUCCAUUUUGACAGCUUCCCGGCAUAAACCCAGAGAAGUGCUUUAUAUGAAGCUUAUUUUGAACAGAGUUUGUGAUUUAGUGGCUAUUUUUUGUUGAAUUUGAAUUUUACAAUUCUUAGAUAUUAUUUCAAAUGGAGAUUGAUAUAUUCAUGUUAUAAGAUGAUUGGCCCAUUCCAUUUUGAUGAAACAUUUGCUUUAGAAAUCAUUUUAGAAAUGGUCAACCUUUUAAAGAGAAAUAAUGGAAGGGAAGAUUGUGGAUUUUUUUCUUUGCCCUUUAAGGGGCAGUGCCAGCUCUUACUUGAAUGAAAGUCUGAUAUUUGCUGAUGGCAGAGUGAUUUUUCUGUAUUCUGAUUGAUGUUUAGAGUAGAUUGGUGCUCUCAAUUGUUUUUAUUUAUAUUUGUCAUUUUGUUAUAAAAGAAUUUUAACAUGAUGUAAAACUUUGUGAUGUCUCCUGCUUUAUAUAGCUUCUUGGAUUCAACUGAGAUUUGAAAACUAAUGAAUGCCUUGAACCAACAUUUGCAAUCAUUUUAUAGCAGGAGAAUAUUAUCUUAAUAUUCUGUUCCUUUUAAAGUUUUUAAAAAGGCAAGAUAGGAUUGUCCUGUGUCAUGUACAAACAAAAAUGUGUGUAAAAUGGCUUGUAUGGUUUGCUGGGUCAAACUGUUCCCAACCUAAAAUCUUUCUUCCACUUUAACUACUUUGAGUCAUAUUUAUUAAGUAAUGAAGUUUGUACAUUUUUAUUUUGUAACAUUUUGUGGGGUUUUUUUGUACAAUACUGUAUUUGUACAAUAGAGCAAUUCUCAGUGAUGGAGUGAAUGAAUAAAAUGCAUAGUUUUACUUGUUUGGCUAAAGUGGUUUUUAAAUUACAAAGUGUUAUCUGUAGGAGCCUUUCUCAUCUACACUUUUUUUUUAACGUGUAAAGGUGCCACAGAUAUGAGACAGGUUUUCUUAAGUUCUCCCAUGAAUAGGAUAGGGUAAUCAUUAGUAAGUCCAAAAAAUAAGUCAGAUAAUUUAAAGGUGGAGUAACUCAAGAAAUAGUUCUCAUUAUUUCUAAUUAUAAUUCCUAUCUAAUAUACCUAUUGACUAAUGAACAGGGAAGUGCAAGUAUUGUUAACCAGCACAAUGUUUAAUUAUCAUAGUCCAGUCAGCAGAGGUUUUAAUGUUUUAAAGAGUAGCUAAAGCAGUGCCCUAAUCUUUAUUUAGUCUGGCCUUUUGAGACCGUGAGAAUUUAUGAAUUUUAAGAUAAUCAGAUUUAGUUGAGAAGUGCAUCUGUAUACAUAAUCCUGGGUAUGUUAUUGCAGAUUGAAAACAGUUUGGAAUUUUUGCUUUUCAGUUGUUUAGGUGUCAUGGUUAUAGACACAAUUGAGUAGAGCUUAAGUUCAUUGCUUAACCACUGUUUUGGAAGGAUGCCAUUGAUCAUCAAGGAAAGAUAAUUUGUCAGAGGUUUAAAUGUUAACUUCAUGCAUCUCUGGUUUUUUAGGGAAGAUAAAACUUCACUGUGUAACUUGGUAAGAAAAAUUAUUUUAAAUGAAUCACUUGGCUAAUAUGGUCUUUUCUGCACAUUAUUUAGAGCUGCAUAAAAUUUGGGGAUGCUUAAAAUAUGCACAAAAAACCAAUGGACUAAUUAGAUAUGUUUCUAAAGAGUAUAAACCCAUUAAUGUUUUAAACAGGUUCUUUAUUUAUUUUUUUAUUUUAAAGAUAGAAUCCUAAGUCCUUGAUUUAGACUUUCAAAGUGAUGGUUUUAAACAAAAUUAAAUGGGUCUGUAGGUUGUAUUACAUGGCAGCAUAUUUUUGUAGUUGUCUUGCCUAAAAGAUUUAUGUCUUUCCAUCCUCUUUGGCUUAGGUUUUUUGUUUUGUUUUUUUAAAUCCUUACUUGAGGACAUUUGUUCAUUAAUUUUUUUUUAGAGGCAGGGAGGGAGAGAAGAGGAGGAAGAGAGAGACAGAUGCUAGAGAGCGAUUAGUUGCCUUCUAAGUGCCUGGACUUGGGAUGGGUCUGCAACCCAGGUAUGUGCCAUGAUUGGGGAUCAAACUCAUCCUUUAGAUUACGAAGUGAUGCACCAACCAAUGGAGCCACGUGGGCCAGGGCCACGGCUUAGUUUUUUGAAGAAGAAACGUAGUAUAUAUUAUUUCUCUUUAUACUUACCAUAUUUUGCCAUGUAUAAUGCAAACGCAUGUUUUUGCUCAAACUUUAAGGAAAAUCUUUUAAUAAUCCAAUUCUUUAUAUUUGGAUACUUGUUUUUUUGUGUUAUGAAGGGAUUUUAGCAUUUAUUUUUGGACAUACGGUACAAGAAAUUUUAUGUAACAACAAAACACAAUAGAUACAAGGUGUUUCAUGUGCUUCCAUUGUAUAAUGCACAUCCUUAUAUUUCCCUGCAAAAAUUUGGGCAAAAAUGUGCACAUCGUACAUAACAAAAUAUGGUAACUUAAAAAAAAAAUCCUCACCAGAGGACAUGUUUAUUGAAUUUUAGGGAGGGAGGAAGAGAGAAACAUUGAUUGGUUGCCUCCCAGAGACUCACCUAUUGGGGACUGAAUGUGCAACAUAGAUGCCCUGACUGGGAUGGACUCUGCAAUCUUUGGUGUACGGCAUGACGCUCUAACAAACUUACCCACCUGGUCAGGGUCCUUUAUACUUAAUAUUUAUUCUCUAGUUGCUAUACCAGUUUGAUAUGUUUGCAGUAGCAGUCUUGGGUCACUGAAGACUUGAGCAGUCAAAGGUGGAAAUGUGGUUAAUUCUUACUUUUAGCAAACCUUU